GCGGCUCUUGCGGCCCGGGCCGCUCCAGCCCCCGCGCCCUGUCCUGGGCGUCCGCGCCGGGGCCGAGUUCCCCCGCUCGUGUGGCUUCGGUUGCGGCGCUUUGGGUCCGCGAUUUCGGGGCACCCCCCAACACACACACCCUGGGUUCCGAGGCGGGCGCACCCGAAGUUAGCGGUCGCCGAGCGCCGGCCGGUCAAACUUCCCUCCCCGACGCCGCGGCCCGAAGGCCCGGGACGCCGGACCCCUCGAGCCAGGAGGCGCCUCGGGGACCCCAAAACUUUCCUGACCGCUUGGCAGCUGCCUGGGUGUCCAUGUGUUGUUCCUCUGGGUCCUGGAAGGUGGAGAAGACGUGCAUGACCCCCGCAGGGAGGAGCCCGCCAGCCUAUACUGCCCCGGUGUGCCGUGUCGCCGCCGGGCCCUAACCGGAAGGACCGUGGAGCUGGAGGUGCAGGGUGGAGCUGUCCAGACGCCCGGGCCGAUGGGGGAGGCGACCACGGCCUCGGCAGGACAUAAGCGCAUGACCGGAGGCCUGCGGCACUGAGGGUGGCAGCCGGCUCCCAGUGCCCACACGACGCCAGCAUGCGGCCUGGGACAGGACACCCCUGAGCGCGAGCGCCGGCCCCUUUGGUUCCUCCAGGGUCUCCCGGCCGGUCCCCCUGGGCAGGCGGUGCGGGCUGUCCCACGGAGGCCGUCCCCAUGGCUGGGUGCCUCUGGGGCGCGCUAUGGGCGUGCGUGGCGGCCGCCAUCCUGCUGCACGCGGGCGGCCUGGCCCGCGGAGACUGCUGGCUGAUCGAGGGCGACAAGGGUUUCGUGUGGCUGGCCAUCUGCAGCCAGAACCAGCCGCCCUACGAGGCCAUCCCGCAGCAGAUCAACAGCACCAUCGUGGACCUACGGCUGAACGAGAACCGGAUCCGCAGCGUGCACUACGCCUCGCUGAGCCGCUUCGGCAACCUCACGUACCUCAACCUCACCAAGAACGAGAUCGGCUACAUUGAGGACGGCGCCUUCUCUGGCCAGUUCAACCUGCAGGUGCUGCAGCUGGGCUACAACCGGCUGCGGAACCUGACGGAGGGCGUGCUGCGCGGGCUGGCCAAGCUCGAGUACCUGUACCUGCAGGCCAACCUCAUCGAGGUGGUCACGCCUGGCGCCUUCUGGGAGUGCCCCAACGUCAUCAACGUCGACCUGUCCAUGAACCGCAUCCAGCGGCUGCACGGCACCACCUUCGCCGGCCUGGCCCGGCUGUCCGUGUGCGAGCUCUACAGCAACCCCUUCUACUGCUCCUGCGAGCUCCUGGGCUUCCUGCGCUGGCUGGCUGCCUUCGCCAACGCCACGCACGCCCACGACCGCGUGCAGUGUGAGUCGCCACCACUCUACGCCGGCUACUUCCUGCUGGGCCAGGGCCGCCACGGCCAGCGCAGCAUCCUCGCCAAGCUGCAGUCCGUGUGCACCGACGGCGCCUACGUGGCUGAGCCACCCCCUGUGCCGGGACGCCUGCCCCCGGGCCGUGCGCCCCCACCACCCCCACCCCCGCCGCCCCCCGAGCCCAGCGAGCCCCCCUGUGCCGAUGAGGACUGCUUCUCCGGUGACGGCACCACGCCACUGGUGGCGCUGCCCACGCUGGCCCCCCAGGCUGAGGCACGGCCCCUCCUCAAGGUCAAGCAGCUGACACAGAACUCGGCCACUAUCACGGUGCAGCUGCCCAGCCCGUUCACGCGCAUGUACACGCUGGAGCAUUUCAACAACAGCCGCUCAUCCACCGUGUCCCGGCUGACCAAGCCGCAGGAGGAGAUCCGCCUGACCAACCUAUACACGCUCACCAACUACACCUACUGUGUGGUGUCCACCAGCUCUGGCCUGCACCACAACCACACCUGCCUCACCAUCGGCCUGCCCAAGCCACCCGGCCCGCCCGGUCCCGUGCCCAGCCCGUCCACGGCCACGCACUACAUCAUGACCAUCCUGGGCUGCCUCUUCGGCAUGGUGCUGGUGCUGGGCGCCGUCUACUACUGCCUGCGCCGGCGGAGGCGCCAGGAGGAAAAGCACAAGAAGGCGGCCGCGGCCGGCAGCCUCAAGAAGACCAUCAUCGAGCUCAAGUACGGGCCCGAGCUGGAGGCCCCCGGCCUGGCCCCGCUGUCCCAGGGCCCGCUGCUGGGCCCCGAGGCCACCACCCGCAUCCCAUACCUGGCAGCCGGCGAGAUGGAGCCGUACAAGCUGGCAGAGAGCGGCGAGACACCCAAGGCCAGCAAGGGCAGCUACAUGGAGGUGCGCACGGGCGAGCCUGCAGAGCGCAGGGACUGUGAGCUGGGCCGGCCCGGCCCCGACAGCCAGAGCUCGGUGGCCGAGAUCUCCACCAUCGCCAAGGAGGUGGACAAGGUCAACCAGAUCAUCAACAAUUGCAUCGACGCGCUCAAGUCUGAGGCCACCUCCUUCCAGGGCGGCAAGGCCGGCACCGGGGCCGUGUCCGCGGCUGAGCCACAGCUGGUGCUGCUGUCGGAGCCGCUGGCCGGCAAGCACGGCUUCCUGGCGCCCGUCUACAAGGACGCCUUUGGCCACGGUCUGCAGCGGCACCACAGCGUGGAGGCGGCCACCGGCCCGCCGCGUGCCAGCUCCUCGUCCAGCGGCUCCGCACGCAGCCCGCGAGCCUUCCGCGCCGAGGCCACCAGCGCCCACAAGGCUGCAGCUGCCGAGGCCAAGUACAUUGAGAAGAGCUCCCCCGCCACCGACGCCAUCCUCACUGUGACACCCGCGGCCGCCGUGCUGCGGGCCGAGGCCGAGAAAGGCCGCCACUAUGGCGAGCACCGGCACUCAUACCCCGGCUCCCACCCGGCCGAGCCCCCCGCGCCCCCCGCGCCCCCGCCCCAUGAGAGCCUGGGCGGCCGCAAGGCGUCCAUCCUGGAGCCGCUGACCCGGCCGCGGCCUCGCGAGCUGGCCUACUCACCGCUGUCCCCGCAGUACCACAACCUGAGCUACUCCUCCAGCCCCGAGUAUGCCUGCAGGGCCUCCCAGAGCAUCUGGGAGCGCCUCAGACUGAGCCGCCGGCGCCACAAGGACCACGAGGAGUUCAUGGCGGCCGGCCAUGCCCUGCGCAAGAAGGUUCAGUUCGCCAAAGACGAGGACCUGCACGACAUCCUGGACUACUGGAAGGGCGUGUCGGCCCAGCACAAGUCCUGAGCCCACGGCCCGCACCUUCCCCGGGACUCGUGACGCCCACGGGACCAAAAAGGACACAAGACCCACUGCAGCUAUCGUAACCCAGAGACUCCCACGCAACGCGCCACACACGUACACACGCGUAGACACGCACAGAGACACGUGCACACAGACACGCUCACACAGGGAGACACGCGCAUGCGUGCACACAGACACGCUCACACAGAUGUGCACAUGUGUACACAGACGUGCACACAGACACGCUCACACACAGACACACUCGCAGCCAGGGUGGAAGUCUGGGGCCCCCAGAGAGCGCAGGGAGGGGGCGCUGCCAGUCCCAACAGAGAAUGAGCCGUGGCCUCCACACACCCACACACACGUGCGCGCACACACACACACACAAGGGACUUGAGAAAACUGUGUCUGGGGAUGGGGGUGGGGGAGGGGACUUUUUUCAUUCUCUUUCCUCUUGGAUUCUUCUCUGCCUUCUUGAUCUUACUCUCUGUCUUUAUUUUCUUCCUUUUUUAAACAAAAAAUAAAAGUCAAGUUCUCUUAAAGACAUAAAACGCUAGACACAGAGUAGCCACCCGGCUCCUCCCACGACUGCCUCGCCCAGGUUUGCUGUGGAUCCCUGUGGGUCCCUUCCCCGGUCCAUUUCUUUGCUGCCAACUCCAGAGGCCACCAAAGAGGCACAGAGCAAGCGAGGCAGCCGGGUGGCCUCCAGGACCUGCCCAGAGCCCUGUGGGGCACGAGGGGCACGGGGAGGGCUGUGCCUGGGGUGUGGCUGGAAGGGGCGCGGGCUGGGCGUAUGUGCUCUGUCUUCGUCCCCACUGUACGCUGUCGUCCUCCCGUUGUACAGAAAAAUAUUUCUAUAUUUGCAAUGUUUGCUGUAAAACGAGAAAGAGACUAUGUCUACUAAAAAAAAAAAAAUCUGCAAAGGGAAAAACCCAAAUGCUUGUACUGGGUUUUUACUCUGGGGAUUUAGGGAAUGAUUUGGGUUUGUUUUAUGUGCUGUUUAGUGGGGGUUUUAUUGAUUUAGGCCUUGGGCUGGGGCUCUGGGGUUACAAGCAGGGUUACCACUAAGCCCUCCUCCCAGGAGAAUAGGAGUCACCCCUGGAGACCCAGAGCAGGGGAGACACGAGAGCCCACGCCAGGUUGGAGAGG